AGCGCUUGCGACGCGAGUAACGUCCGCCACAAAACCCUACUAAAGCCGAAACCCCCUCCCUCCGAUCACCUUUUUCCCGCUCGUUUCGUUUCGCCACUCUGAGUUAACUCAGGCGGCGACUCGUCCAAGAUGUACGGAUCCGACCUCCGGGACGGAGAUUUAGAGCGAACGGCUUUCCGAAAAGCCGAGAAGAAGUACAAGCUCUAUUACCAAGACACCUACAGAACCGCCAAGAAGAAGAAGCAACCGAAGCCGGUGGAUUUAUCGGAGGUUCUGGAUUUCAAGUCCAUUCUGGAAUCGUGUGAUCAAAACUAUGAGCUUCCACCUGGAAUUGUUCCAGUCCGGUGCGGUCUGGACCGUCCGGUUUUCUCAAUAGAGGAUCGCUCAGGAUUUUAUUUCAUUCCAGAAGCACUGACUAUAGAACAACAAUGCCAAUGGAUAAAGGAGAGUUUAACCAGCUUUCCACAACCUCCUAACAGAACAAAUCACAAUGCUUUUUAUGGGCCUAUAAAUGAUUUAUUUAUUGCAGCAAAGGAGAGAAAAAUGUUAGUUGCAGAAGAGAAUUCAAAUUUUGAAUGUAAUCCAUCUAUCAGCGUUAAAGAUGCUCAAUCAUGGAAGUUCUUUGAGGAACAUGAAGCAUUGUCAAAAGGAAACUCAUGCAAAUCAAUCUCAGCUUCAGUUCUAUUGCGGAAACUGCGUUGGAGCACCCUUGGCCUGCAAUUUGACUGGUCCAAGCGAAAUUAUGAUAUAUCUCUCCCACAUAAGAAGAUCCCUGAUACACUCUGUCAACUGGCUAAAAAGCUGGCAGCACCUGCAAUGCCCUUAGGGGAAGAUUUCAAGCCUGAAGCUGCAAUUGUGAACUACUUUGGCUUAGGCGAUAUGCUUGGGGGGCACUUGGAUGACAUGGAAGCUGAUUGGAGUAAGCCUAUUGUAAGCAUGAGUUUAGGCUGCAAAGCAAUUUUCCUUCUGGGAGGAAAGCUUAAAGAGGAUCCUCCAUUAGCAAUGUUCCUUCGAAGUGGUGAUGUGGUACUCAUGGCCGGAGAAGCUAGAGAAUGCUUUCAUGGCGUGCCUCGGAUAUUUACAGACAGUGAAAAUGCUGACAUUGUGCCUCUUGAGCAGCAGUUGUCACACGAGGAUGAUUCAAGUCUUUUAGAAUACAUCCAAACUUCAAGAAUCAACAUCAACAUAAGACAAGUAUUCUGAGAAUACAUCUUGUUUUUCCUCCAAAUAGGAAAGUGGUUUUCAAACACAAUGGCAUGUCAUUUUUCGGCAACACAUAAGAACUAGUGCUCACAGCAAAGCCCUCAAAAGCAUAGAUGGAAGUAGCAUUGACAGGAACAUAACUAGUGUCAAUCCUUGUUCGUGGAAAUUUGAUAGUAACUGGGGAUUUAGUUUCUUGAAAUAUUCCUUUCAAAGUUUUGCAAGUGAACAACUCAAUUUUGUAGUAUUGCAAGUGAAGAUCAAGCAAAUGGGUACUUUCGUAUCUGAUGUAUUACUUGCUGAAGUGUAUCGCUUGUCUUGCUACAAGUCGGAGAUUUUUCUGAGCUCGGUAGCUUAUCUUUUCUAGUAAUGCUCUUUACAUAAUGUAAUGUGCAGAUUAUUGAUUC